CGGGACUUCAAUUCCUUAGCAACGCGCUUGGCUCCCAGGGAGUGGUGGCGGUUGAUUCAACAUGGCGGCAGGGGCAACAAGAAGUGGAAGUUCGGGGAUAUUUUGGAUGAAUGACGUGUCAGAUGAGGAUCAGCCCUUGUCGUUUGUGCCUGGAGUGGAUGGAGAGUUGAAUUCUCAGACCCCUUUCAAUCUAGGAACAGGCAGCACCAGUAUCCUCACUAAAAGAGGCACCAGGAUGCGGGGUGCAGCCAGGCAGAGUUCUGACUGCAAGACUGAAGCUAUGCUAAAGAAAGGUGGCAAGAAACAGGGCCAACUACAAAGCGACCGCUCUGGGGCUUACACUAAGGAAAAAGUGUCAGUCCAUCACAGUGCUGCUGUGGCACCAGAGUGCACCCCUUCCCUGGCUUCUGACACUUUUCUCCCCCCUUCACAGGUCAUUUCUGAGGCCAGCAGAGCCAGGAGCCAGAUCUGUUUGAAGGACCUCUGUCCUGAAGACAAGCGCCGAAUUGCAAACCUUAUCGAAGAACUAGCCAGGGUGAGUGAGGAGAAAGAAGAGUCAGUGCAGCGUCUGAAAGAUGAACAGGAAAGUUUUGAGCGCAAGAUCCAACAGCUGGAGCAGCAGAACCUGAUCAUAGCACAGGAGAGGGAGAGCCUGCAGCAGCAGUACAGAGAGUGCCAGGAGCUGCUUGGGCUCUACCAACAAUACCUUUCUCAGCAACAGGCUAAGCUCAACGAGUCCAUCGCCCAGCUCAGCCAGGUGCCAGCCCACAGCAAGGUGCUCAGUAGUGAGGCAGCCCACAGCAGAACAUCUACUAGCAGAGCUAAUGGCUCACUCUUUGAUGGCUCAUACCUCAGCCUUGCUGCUACCAGAGCACGACAGCCUCAAGUGCACAGGAGUGGGGAUGGAGGAGCAGUACAAACUUGGAGCAACCCUGCCUCUCUUUCCCAUGUUGGUGAGUUCAGUCCAAACGAUGGGCCAAUCAAACAGCAUAGGAUUCACAAAAGGGAGUGCAGGGACCCACACUCAGAGUCCUGCCACAGAUGUGAGAACUGCCAAGGCAGUGGUCAAGAUAGCGGCUAUGGAACACAGCAACGAAGAAAUAACACUAGCUGUCGUCUAGAAAAUGGUCACCAUGACACCUUGAACCAACAUGAGUGUGAAAGACUCCAGAGUGGGACUAUGGGUUCAGAGGCCAAGGAAGCCCUGACCAGGCCUCUGUUGGGUCACGAAGACUGGGAGGAGAAGAGGCAUCAGCUGCUGCUGCAGAAGAUGCAGUUGGAGAUGGAGAGAGAGAGGCUGCAGGCACGGCUGGAUGAGCAGGAGGAAAGACUCAACAGACAGAAUCAACAGCUACGCCAGUCACGUCUCGAGUACAGCAGGUUUCAACAAACUACUCAAACUGAGACCAGCAGCUCAAACACUAGGGAUGGAGAUCCACAGCUGGAGGGUCCCUCCCACCAAGAUUUACCCUCCAGUGUGCGUGGAGAUGCAGAGUUACAUCCUGCAGAACAGAACCUGCAUGAAAAAGGCUCACAACCUGCACCUGCUCCUCUAGAUAAUGGUGUGCAGACACGUGAGGCCUUAGAGCAGUCCAGAAGGGACAUAGCCACGUCUCCUGCAAAGUCCCCUGCAAGCCUGCUGAGUAAGCCAACCUCAGCGUCUGUGAUCCCUAAGACCCCUGAGGCCAGGUUGGACUUUUCUGUGGUUGAGUUAUUGGAUAUCUUUAGUCCUGUCUCUGCCCCUGAGCAAAGCAAGCUGUCCACUCGAAAGACCAAAACGACACAACGUAGGCUGGCCCUCGCCACCCCCAAACCGGUGGGCAGGACCCUGCUUACCCCUGCUAGGUUUUAUCCUCAAAGUACCCAGCAAGACCUGGAGGAAAGCCAAAUACUGGAGGAUAUUUUCUUCAUUUGCUGACAAAGGAGAAAAUGAGGAGCUGGAAAAACAAAGAAUCCAGUUGCUUGAUGUUCACCUGUUUGGUCUUAACUUUUCUCUUUUUUGUCAUUCAUUUAAUUUUCUAUUUUCUAUUGACAUUCUAACUCAGAAUGAUCAUGAUUUUGUAGAUUUAGCUCUUGUUAUUCACUCAUUUUUAAUGCAAUAAACGAUUAUUUAUUCAGAAUUGGGUAUACUUCCAGUUUGUAUCUUCUGCUGCCACUUCAGGAAAACUGUUUACCACUGAGCUAUGUUGUCUGUCUUUGAAGACCUUGACGGCAUAAAUGCUAAAUGAACCGCAUGAUACACAGUUGUACAUUGUGAAGCCGACUCAAAUGUGUUAUCCAUGAAUUGUUGAUGACACAUAUCACCUUCAAAUUGGGGACAAUUUUGCUAGUUGUCUCAAUAAAAAUAAUAAAAUACAGUAAAAUGUGGGUGAUCUUGUAUUGGUAAGUUACUAUCAGUAAUUAGGACACAACACAGGACACUUUAUUCUAGACUGUGCUUUAUUAUUGGGCUAAGCUGAGACGCAUCAUUCAUUUAAAAUUACAAAAAAAGAGUCCAGGGGACCAGAGAAUGGUGCAGUCUGGAGAGACAGGGGCGGGAGCCUAAAGCGCACUGCCCAAUCAGAAGCUUAGCUCAUCAGGAACCUGGCAAAGCUUAAUAAGCAACAUUCAUUUCCCCACCCUCCAUAUGUGCUGAAAUUGGGAAACAGAUUUCCAGAAUACUUUGAAAACCAUAUGAAGUAAAAUGUGAUUCUAGCAACUACUGAGCUUUAGAAAUAAAACCACUGAUAACAGCACUGAAAAAAUGAUAGCAACUCAAUUUCCUUUUUCUUUUCUUGAUGAGAUAGUGCAGUUUUCAUUGAAUUUUGCUCUUAGUAGAACACAUCAGUUGAACAAGAUCAGAGCUCUGUCAAAAAAUACAAAGCAGGAUGGGGAAAAUAGGAGGAGGGGUCUAAAGUUUUAAAAACCAUAACUGGCCUUUUAAGCAAGUAGUUAAUCAGGGCUUAACAACAAAUCAGACAUUAGCUCAUUACAAAUUAGCAGCAAUUUAUAGUGACCUCAAGGCAUAAGUUUCGUUGAAUACAUAUCUGAUUGAGCAGUUGGUUUUAGAGGGGAUGUUUUUGUUAAAAGGUUUGAUUAUGGAGGCAAAUGGUACUCAAAACCAAAAGAGGAACCUUCUAAUUCGCAUCUUUUUUUUUUUUUAACAAUCUUUUAACAAAGCUAACUUUUUUUUUUUUUUU